AUGGCAGCUUCCAUUGCCAUUGGAUUUAUGGAAUUCAUCUUUGUACACAAAUUGCCAGUACCCAGCCACCGAACCCCAGUCCUCGACAAGCCAGUGGCACGAGCCUCCUCCUUGGAAACACUCAUAUUGCCUAGCAACCAGAUUGAAAACAGCUUCGACACCAAGAGUCACGAGGUCUACUUGCAUAGUGGGAAACCGAUCAAAGAGAAACGAGAUAUCUACAAAGAAGCAUUUGAGAGUGCUAAGCUUGUGGAGGAGAACAAAUUCAAGUCGAAGUUUGACAGACUGGUUUCCGAGCUGAAGUCUGCACUGGCUCACCUUCCUUCCUCCGGUGUGAGUCCCGCCUGCACCACUACCUCAUAUGGUGACGUGCUGGUAACAUAUCGAGCCAGAAUGAAGGAACUCAUCCUUAUUUUUGAACAGAGAUUGCGCCUGGCUUACGAGAGUUUUGACAUCCCGCACCCUGACGAGUCGACCACACAGCGCGUGAAACAGAAUGUGUCUCGAUUGGUCGAAGAUUUACUCGGGGAAACGCUUGACCUGACGUCCGAUGAGGCUGUGUCCGAUCUGUCGUCGCUGUCGGAUGAAUCGGGACAGGAACAGAACUCAUUUGAAGAUCAGAUAGCACAAGUCAUUGUGUCAAAGCUUCUUGAAGGCCACCAAAAGGACCAGACCCACAGAUACACGAACCCAAAAGGUCGUCUGCCUAACAACCUCGGAAACUACGAGAUCCGCUCCGAGGAGGACGAAGUCGACUCUUCCAGUGACAUCCUGCGGGACUUCGAGGAGCUUCGUGAUUUCGUCCGACAGACCCAAACCCGUCGGUCUCCGGUCCCACGCGAUGUCAUCGUCGAGGAGACAGCGCUGAGCCCUAUCUGCGAGGACCCGGUGGAGCGCGUCCACCUCGGCGACAAGGACGAACAGGUGGACGACUUCCACACACGCUGCUCCAGCUUCGACCGUGUGUACAGCUCCUCGCACACCUCACCGCCGCUCCCAGACUUCUCACAGUUCGACAACAUCGACUUCACUUCACACGAGAUCGACCCCGACCUGCUGUCGAUGAAUCUGGCAUCAAUCCCCGAGGAGACCGAGGAGGAGUUGGAGGAUGAUGCUGUGGUGGAGGGGGAGGAGGAGGAGGGAGGGGGCGAGAAGAGGUGGGGGGAGAACUGGGUGUUUAAAGGAGCGCUGUCACCGUAUGAUAACUGCGGGAAGCGGAGGAUCGGGCAUGACACGGACAAGCCUCUCUACAUGAUGGUGCCCAACCCAGAGGAUAAUUACGUGCCGAAAGUCGGAAACAGAGAUGCUGACCAGCUUUCUGACCUGUCUGACACCGAGACCAAGAGCACAGACGACCUCAGCGAUGACGAAAACACAUUCUACGCGAAAACCUCGGAGGAGCUGGCACGCAUUUCUCGCAAACACUCGUCUUCUGUGCAGUCCGACUCGGACCUCGAAGCAGAUCGAUCCAGCAGCUCGACAUACAAGCGGCGCGUCGAGUCAAUUCUGCAGAAGUCCAGCGAGACCGGGAGAGAGUCAGAGACGGUUAAACUGGUAGAGACACUGAUACAGGCGGAGAAUGAUGAUCCCAGGUUCGUGGUUCUGCCGGAAAGUAGCACGGUAGUGGAGGGAGAACCACUGAAGUUGUCCUGUACAGUGGCUGGAACACCCCCCAUUGAUGUAUUUUGGUAUUACGAGGACAAGGACGUGAUACAGCUGGAGGAUUCCGAAGAUUUCGACGUUCAGAACGAGGCCGAUCGACACAGCAUUACAUUGUUCAACCUCACCACCACUCAGUCUGGACAGUACAUGUGCAUUGCUCUCAGCGAACUCGGCAAAUGUACCAAAUAUUUCACUGUCACCGUUACAAGUAAGAGUGCCUUAGAUUACUACAAUAUUUAUGCAAUUGACAGAGAGUUUGGGAUAUGGAUUUUUAAUAGGGCUUCUAGAUUGUGGUAGCCCCACUCCCAUGGCUAG